CCGCCCGCCCGGGGCCCAUGGACGCGCUCCCGGGCGAGGCCUCCUGCCCCAUCUGCCUGGAAUUUUUCCGGGACCCCGUGUCCAUCCACUGCGGCCACCACUUCUGCCGCCCGUGCAUCGAGCGCUGCUGGGAGUGGCCCACGGCCGGGUUCGCGUGCCCGCGGUGCCGGGACACGGCCCCGCAGCGCAGCCUCCGCCCCAGCCGGGAGCUGGCGCGGGUGCUGGAGAUCGCCCGGAGGCUGAGCCGCGGGGACGCGCUGGGAACCGAGGAGGACGAGGAGGAGGAAGGAUGCCAGAGGCACCGGGAGCCCCUGGAGGUUUUCUGCAAGGAGGACGGAGCUCUGCUGUGCGCGAUCUGCCGCGAGUCCCGCUCGCACCGCGCCCACACCGUGCUCCCGGUGCCGGAGGCGGUCCGGGAAUACCGGGAGCAAAUCCAGGCUGGGCUGCAAACCCUGAAGGACGACAGAGACAAACUCCUGGAGUUCCGGGAGGCUGAAAUGAGGAGAAACUGGGAGUAUUUGGAGAAGACGGAAGCCGAGCGGCAGCGGAUUCUGUCCCAGUUCCAGGGGCUGCACCUCUCCCUGGAGGAGCUCUCCCGUCGACUCCUGGCUCGGCUGCGGGACCUGGAGAGCGACAUCGGGAAGGUGCAGGAGGAGAACGUGACGAGCCUGACGGAGGAGAUCUCCCGGCUGGACACCCGCGUCCAGGAGCUGGAGGAGAAGUGCCGGCAACCGGCCAGGACCUUCCUGCAGGACAUCAACGGCACCUUGAGCAGCCUCGGAAAGGAAAACCUCCAGCUGCCCCCAUCGCCUCUCCCAGAGCUGGAAAAGAAAACUAAUCACUUCAGGGAGGAAUAUAGUCUCCUGGAGGAGACGCUGAGGAGCUUCCAAGACAUCCUGCUGUUUGAGCUGCCCGAGAAAAUGACGGUGACGCUGGACCCCAGCACGGCCCAUCCCCAGCUCCUCGUGGCACCCGACGGGAGCAGCGUCAGCUGGGAAAGCGCCCGGGACCCUCCCGGGGACGGAGCCGGCACCGAAUCCUCCCCGGAUGGAACCGGACCCGGCACCGACCCUCCCGGGGAUGGAGCUGGAGCUGGCACCGAGCCCCCCCUGGAUGGAGCCGGACCCGGUACCGAGCCCCCCCUGGAUGGAGCCGGCACCGAGCCCACCCUGGACGGAUCCAGUACCGACCCUCCUGGGGAUGGACCGGGCACCGACCCUCCUGGGGAUGGACCCGGGCCCGGCACCGACCCCUCCGUGCUGGGCCGCCAGGGCAUCAGGGCCGGGAGGCGCUGCUGGGAUGUGCAGGUGGCCCCUGAGGGCUCCUGGGCCCUGGGGGUGGCCAGGGAGACCCCCGGGAGCGGGGCAGAGACCCCCGGGAGCGCCGAGUGGGAGCUGUGGUCCAUGGGGCUCUGCCAGGGCCAGUUCUGGGCUCUCACCUCGCUGGAGCGCAUCCCGCUGUUCCCCGUCCGGGCGCCCGGCAGGGUGCGGGUGGCCCUGGACUACGAGAGGGGCCAGGUGGCUUUUUUCGAUGCUGAUCGGAGGAGCCUGAUCUUCGCCUUCCCGGCGGCCUCCUUCAAGGGGCAGAGCGUCCACCCCUGGUUCCUGGUGUGGGGCGAGGGCUCCCGGAUCACGCUGUGCCCCUGAGCGUGCCCAGACCCCGAGGUUGAUCAUCGCCUCCCUCGGGGUCGCUGUCCCGAGGUGUCACCCCCAAAUCUGGCGGCUGAGCACGGAGCCACGUCUGUCCCACCACACCCUGCACCAUCCCGAUCGCUUUUCCCUCCUCUCCUCUGGCUUUGGAUGAAGUAAAAACCCAAUAUUUGCGUGUUUUAACCUCUUCUCUGUUUGGUGUUUGCUGCUCCUGGGUGUCAGGAUGAAGCUGGAAUUUUGAUUAAACCCAAUUCCUGGUGUUUGCACCCUGGAGGAGCCACGAGCCCCGUGCGGGUGGCGCAGGGAUUGUCCCUGUCCCUUCUCCCCGGAAGCCACAUACCACUGCCAGCAGUCAGGAAGGACACGGAGCGGAAAAUCGCACCUUUUUUAUUAUUAAUGACGUAAAUCACGGAACCCACAGACCUGGUCGCCACGGGGACCUUUUCUGGGGAGAAAACGGCUGCUUUAGGGCAACUCCACCCAUUGGAGGUUGGGGAAAGGCUGAAAAAACUUAAUUUGGAGCCCUUGGUUUGGAGGUGACCAGCUCAGGUGGGAUUAUCUACAGUCGGUCAGGCAAGCCUCGGGAAAAUUUUCCUUUUCCAUCCUGAUUUCUCCGGUUUUCCCUCUGUUUCCCAUUUCUGUGCCCUGCAGCCCCUUCUCCACCGCUUCCUCCCUCUCUUUUCCCUCGUUUUUCCCCCGUCUUCCCCCCUCUCCCGGCGGAGAAGGAAACACGAACCAGCUCUGGUCUCCCCCCGAGGCUGUGAGAAGCGGGGGCCGCUCUUCCCUCAGGGACACAGCCGGAGCCGGGACCUGGCGCCCACCACCCAGAGCCAGGGCCGGAGCCUCUCCCCGGCGAAGGCCAGGCGGGAAAAGACGAAGAGGAGCCCCCCGUCCUCGGCGUCGAAGAAGGCCACGGU